AUGGGGGACUCCGGCGGCUCCGUCGUGUCGGUCGACGUCGAGCACAUCUCCUUCGGCGGCAAGGAACACCAUAUACAAACGAGUCAUGGACCUGUAUCUGUUGCAGUGUAUGGCGACCAUGACAAGCCUGCCCUUGUUACUUAUCCUGAUAUUGCUUUAAAUCAUAUGUCUUGCUUCCAAGGACUAUUGUUCUGUCCUGAAGCUGCUUCGUUGCUGCUUCAUAAUUUUUGCAUUUACCAUAUUAGCCCCCCAGGACAUGAGUUAGGAGCUGCUCCAAUUUCGCCAAAUGCUCCUAUACCAUCUGUUGAUGACCUGGCAGAUCAGGUCGCAGAUGUCCUCGAUUUCUUUGGAUUAGGCUCUGUUAUGUGCUUUGGUGUCACUGCAGGUGCCUACAUUCUAACUCUGUUUGCGGCAAAGUAUAGGGAGCGGGUACUAGGUCUUAUCCUUGUUUCACCUCUAUGUAAAGGCCCCACUUGGACUGAGUGGUUAUACAGUAAGGUGACAUCCAAUCUGCUGUAUUACUAUGGGAUGUGUGGGUUGGUGAAGGAGUGCCUACUUCAGCGGUACUUCAGCAAGGAAGUGCGAGGAUUCUCUGAAUUACCAGAAUCAGACAUAGUGCAGGCUUGUAAAUGCUUGCUCGAUCAGCGGCAGAGUAUGAAUGUAUGGCGCUUUGUACAGACGAUGAAUGAGAGAUAUGACUUGACUGAACAGCUAAAGCUGCUUCAGUGUAGAACCCUGAUUUUUGUCGGCGAGAAUUCUCAGUUUCACACUGAGGCUGUUCACAUGACAUCGAAGCUCAACAGGAGAUAUUGUGCUCUAGUUGAGGUCCAAGCAUGCGGAUCACUCGUUACCGAGGAGCAACCACACGCAAUGCUUAUACCAAUGGAGUACUUCUUCAUGGGAUAUGGCCUGUACAGGCCUAGCCAGCUGGACUGCAGCCCGCGCAGCCCCCUGAGCCCAUUCUGUAUAUCGCCGGAUCUCCUGUCACCUGAGAGCAUGGGGCCUGAUGAAAAACCUGUAAAUUGGUAUUACAUUGUUUAUGAAAGGAAAGCGAAAGAAAUAAUAGCAGAAGGUAAGGAUUGGGACAAGGUAUUUACAUACAGACAGGUGCUAAUUGGCUUGCAAUUCUGUCUUGUUGAUGUCUCCUGCUGUAUCCAGAAGAAAGUGGCGGCAGUAAACUCAGCUUUGCGUGGUUGGUUAGAUACGUUUGAUUCUCUAAUGUUUCCAGCUACGAAGCAAGGGAGCCUGAGGUUGAUGUGGAUGUGGAAGAUGGAUAUGUCAGGAAAGUUGGGGACCUUGGAGAUGGAUGCCUCGGCGUGUCACAUUCAGUGCUUAGGUCUGGGAUUAUCCAAGUCAGAGCUGCGGGAGCAGUUCAAGUCCUUCAAUGCUGCAUUUGAGCAUGCGCAUUGGGUGCAAUUUGGGUGGAAGCUGGUGCUGGCAUUUGUGCUUGAAUUAUGCUGUGCUGAUAGACGUGAGUAUAAAUUUGGUGAUCUUCAAUCAGAGAUGGCAAAUAUGAAUACAUUUUGGGAGCUUCCUGAAGCUGUUAAUCGGCACAGUGGCUCCUACUCUAUUUGGUUUGAAGAGUCAUUGAAGAAUCUUGGGUUUUCGGAUGCUUGUCUAACCACUCUUUCUUCUGAAGGUGGGCUGACCCCAGGACCCAGGCCCAGACAAAAUGAGCCCAUGGAUCGAGGUGGGCUGACCCCAGGACCCAGGCCCAGACCCCACAGGGCUGCAGCCAUUCAUUACUUGCCGGACUUGCCGGAGCUGCUGGGUAACGGCCACUCGUGGAGGGUGUGCGAGCCCCGCCACCGCAACGGCACACGGUCGCGCCACAUGCGGCAGCUCCGCCAUGAGCACCAGUUCCACUUCCACUCCUCCGAUAGUCCCAUCAUCAUCGCCGCGUAG